GACACACUUCGCUUUGUGUGUGGAAAAUAUCCCCGGAUCCCUCCCCUCAUAUAUUGAGUUUGCGGGCUUAGUUGUGUUGCAGAGCACCUUCAGGGUGCAGGAGAGGCAGCAGCAGAGACACGUGUUAGUUGUCUUUGUUCGUUUUUAUUUAUUUUUAUUUUAUCGCCUGUUUGCGUUUCUAGUCAGUUGAGCCGUGAAGCGAUGACACAUGAGGAGCUAAGACCGAAUUGAUCGAGAAAGAGGAAGAAGGAUCAAACAGAAAGGAAAGAAGGUCCUAAGUUUUCUGAAGAUCUUUUAAGCAAGUGACUGCGGUUUUGAUGGAACAAACGCCAAUGAAAACGUGCUGUGCAUUUAGUGACAAAAGGGAAACAUUGUAGAGUGGAGUUGUGACCGCCAGCAUUCCUUGUAACAGAAGGCGAGGACACUGAUGAAGUCUGCCUUGUGAUUGGCUGGAGCAAUGGCAGGUACCAAGGUGGAGAAGCUCGAGGAAGGCAGAAGGCCACCGGGGGUCACAGCCCCACCGGAAGGUGGCUGGGGCUGGAUGAUCGUCGCUAGCUGUUUCCUCGCCACCAUCUGCAUCCGGGCAGUGACCAGAUGUGUUUCCAUGUUCUUUGUGGAGUUCCAGCUGCACUUUGAGAAGGAUUAUUCGACCACCUCCUGGAUCAAUAGUCUGAUCGAUGCCACCACCAUGCUCUGUGCUCCUCUGGGUGGUUUCCUUGGGGACCGACUCUCCUGCAGAGCUACAGUGAUCCUGGGAGGUCUGCUGUCUUCUUCUGGUCUGGUCCUCAGCUCCUUCGCUUCCAGUCUGGAAUAUCUAUACAUCUCCCUGGGCAUCCUCCCAGGUCUUGGCUUUGCUCUUAGCUACACACCAGCUAUAGCAAUGGUUGGGAGGUACUUCAGUGAGAGGAAAGCUCUGGCCUAUGGCAUCGCCAUGUCUGGGAGUGGCAUUGGGACCUUAAUCCUGGCUCCUGCAGUCCAACUGCUUAUAGAGUAUUACUCCUGGAGAGGAGCUCUGCUCAUCCUGGGAGGAUUUGUUUCCAACCUGUGUGUCUGUGGUGCUCUGAUGAGGCCGCUGGAACCAAGAAGAAGUGAAGGGAUAUGGGAGAACAAUAUGGCAAACCUGGAGAAAGAUUGUAUGACAACAGCAGUGGAUUCCAAAGACACUGAGCAAGUACCUGCUGAUUGCAGCCAAGUGGAGGCAAAGCAGCUGGAAAUAAACAACUUAAUGGAUACUCAAAGGCUACUUAUAGCCAGUGGAGCACUCAAAAACAUCAAACUAGUUCAGGGGAACAUAGCGCUGCUAUCAAGUUCAAGCCCGUCUGAUCGGAAGAUAGCUGAUUGCAUUUUAUUUAGCAACAAGCUAACAGAGACAAUGCCAGGGGUGCUAAAACGCUCAGAUCCUAAACUAGCAAAUGCUAGCACAAUUGAAGACUCGAAAUUGGUGGAAAGCAAGAAAUUGAACAAGGCAGCAGCUGACAUGGAUGCUAAGAUAGCAGAGCCUUUAGUGAGCACAAACACUUCAUCCAGAGGUUUUUGUCUCGAGUCCAGGGAAGAGUUUGGAUUUCUUGUGAUACCCGACUUCCUGAUUCUGUCUGUGUCCUUACUGUUUCUGGCUUAUGGCUGCAGCGCUCCAGUAGUUUACCUGAUUCCUUAUGCCCUCAGCAUGGGGGUGGAGCCCCAGCAGGCUGCCUUCCUCAUGUCCAUAUUCGGAGUCAGCGGCAUUGUGGGUAACAUCACCUUUGGAUGGAUCACGGACAGGCAGUGUCUGAAGAAGUAUCGCAUGCUGAGCUACAUGAUGGCGAUAGGCAUGGAUGGCCUUUGCUGCAUGUUCAUCCACCUCCUUCACUCCUUCCCCCUCCUGGUCCCAUUUUCUGUACUCUAUGGGUACUUUGACGGGGCGUAUGUGGCGCUUAUCCCAGUGGUGACCUCUGAUGUUGCGGGCUCCACCUACCUGACCUCCGCUCUGGGUGUUGUCUUCUUCCUGCAUGGCAUCCCCUACCUGAUUAGCCCACCAAUAGGAGGUUGGUUAGUAGACAGGACAGGAAAUUACAAGGCAACCUUCUUUCUCAGCGGGGCUUGCUUCAUGUUCAGCUCUGCGGUUCUAGGAGCUGCCAUGCUCGUCAGACGCUGCCGGACGUCCAAGUCUAACUCAGCUGCACACUUAAAUCCCAAUCACACUGCUGCUGCAGCUCAGCAGAGCAUUAUAUAACAAUGCAAUCAAUAUGCUGCUCCUCCAACUGCACGGAUGUGCACCUUACCACUGCUGGUAUGUUCAGGUGCUAUUUUGAUAUGUAUUAUAUGCCGUUGAUGUGUUUUGGACAUAAGACCUCAAGCUCAGACUCAACAAGAGCAAAGCUGUCAGAACCUGUGCCUUUAAA